CAUCUUAUUAUAUCCGGUUGCUGUGUCCUGUGUUUCAUAAAAUGGUCAAAGUCAUGGUCAUUUUCGUUAAAAAUAGACCCAGCUCUUGUUUUUCUUCGAUUGUACAGUUGCAACAUAAAGAUAAUCUGACAAAGUUAUCUGAUCUGCACGUUCAUCUUAAUGCCUGUGAUUUGGUGAAAGAUUCAUACUCCAAUAGGGUGGAAUGGACACCUUUACCAACUUCAAAUUCAGGCCUAAACAAAUGGUGGAAAACUGAUUCCAUACAUCAUGUAUUGUAUCAAAUCUGCGAUGUAUAAAAAUGCCACCGCCUUAAAGCCGAGUAAAAACUUCCAAAUUGUCAAAGGACAGUUUUUAUGGACCACAAGCAAGGUACCUAGGACAAAUUAUGAGAUCUUGGGAGUUAGAGAGGAUGCCACAAUUAAAGAAAUAAAAAAUGCCUACUUUGAUUUGUGCAAAAAGACCCAUCCAGACAAAAAUUCAGACACAAAGAAUGCACAGAACUUUAUGGAAUUAAAUGAAGCGUACAACAUUUUAAUCAGUGACAGGAAAAGAUCUCAGUACGACAAUAAACUAAGAAUAGAAAAGUAUUAUGCUGAAGGAGGGAUGCCUUUUGAUGAAGUCAAAGACACUGUUAAUUAUGCUCCUUUCCUGAGGAUUUUCAUCCUUAUUGUUUAUGUGAUGGGGUUAACUCAGUUUGGUAAAAAAUCUCGACAAAAUGGGAAUCUCCGAGAUGAAUGGAGACCUUUGGAAUCUUCCAAAUGAGUUUCCUUCUAUAGCAGUGUCAGUAAAUAUGUUACGAUGAUGUCCAGAGCAACAAAUCAAUGAACUGAUUUCAUAUGUAACAGUAAUUAGAUUCUAAUGGACAUGUGUCAUGUUUUCCAAAAAAACAUGUUUCUUUAAAACGUAUUUUGCAUUUGAUGUCAUUUAAAUUAGGCACAACAUUGUUAUAAAAUGAAGAUAUAGAUAUAUAUUUGAAUUAUUUUUAUUGGUGUUUGUUGAAUUGUUGACAGUAAAGAUACUGAAAAA